AGAGUAUAGAAUUGGUGCAGCUCUGCAAUGAAAAUCAAAAAGCUUCCAGGUUUUAUUGUCAAAGUUUAUUUGAAAAAGCUGACGUUAGAAGCUGAUUGGCUACAUGCACAGCCAGGGGUGGACUGACCAUUUGGAAACUCAGGCACUGCCCGAGGGCCCGGGAUGCCCCUGGUACCUUUUUCAUAGGUUUUUUUGAGUUUGGGCAAGGACACAGGGGCCCCAUGAUCCCCUAUUGCCCAGGGG